CUUCAUGUCUCCUUUCUCAGACCGCCCUCCCCACCUCUGAACAAAUAAAUCUCGAGGGCGGUCAAAGAGAAACGAGCACGACACAUGCCAUGGAACGGUUCAUCGUCGCCUCCCUCCUCCUCCUCCUCGCCUCCGCGGCCGCCGUCGAGGGCCGCGCCGUCUUCGACGACGACACGCCCAGGGACCGCGUGUUGAUCGGCGGGGACGAGGUCGCGACGGCAUGCAACCAGGUGCACUUCAGGACGAUGUGCCGGAGACUGACGAAGCUCCCCGGCGUGGCGACGCCCCGGCAGCUGCUGCUGGCGUCGAUUCGCGUGGCGUCGGACAGGGCGAAGGAUGCCAAGAUCCGGGUGGCGGAGUACGCGGCGAGGACGCACGCGAGCGGGCCGAUGAAGUCCAUCACCGACACGUGCCGCGAGGGGUACGACAACGUGUUGCAGUCGCUGGAGGAGACGCGGCAGCUGAUCGAGGCGAAGGGCACAAGAUUCGACCUCAACAGCAAGGUGUCGGACGCCGCCACGCAUGCCGACGAGUGCAACGACGCCUUCGCGGACUUCCCGGACAUCAAGUCGCCCUUCGCCGCCAUGCAGCAGAACGUCUACCGUCUCGUCAACAACGUCCUCAACCUCGCCGUCGUCGUGCAGCAUGCUGAGGCACACCAGGCGAAACUGCCCGACGGGCCGCACGUGCACUAGACGGGGCUGUAAACAAAAGGGCAGGGGAGGUGGUGAUGAUGUACCGAUCUCCCGCACCUGAAUAUAUAUGAACAACAACAAAGGCUU